AUGAAAGUCGCAAAAGCAUGCAGCGAGUGUCGCUUGAAAAAGCGCAAGUGUACCGUCGAGGAUGGCGCCAGCGACCGGCCAGGAGCAUGUUGCCCCUGCAGCAAGCGAGGACUGUCGGCAAGCUGCACACUGGCCGUCGUCCCGUCGACAGGCGCGAAGCCGCUGCUUCCUGCAUCCCCGACCCCUCCACCCGCGGUCCCGGCCCAACGGGUUGGGCCUCCCGCUAUUUCCAAAGACCAGACGGUCGACAUGGUGCAUAUUUAUCUUGAUUUGAUCCACGACAAGCCCCACACUCUCUUCCACCCUGCGACCCUAUUGCGAGACGUGCACGACGGCGUCGUCCCGGAUCAGGUCCUGUAUAGCAUCUUGGCCAUGGCAGCCCCGUUUUUGGUCACCGACCAGGCAUCUACGGCGAUCAGGCCCGCGGAUUUGUUGGAAGUCGCCAGGGAUGCCCUCAAGGCAGACUUGGAGACCAUGAGCCUGGACAAUGUUCGGGCCGCCGUGCUCAUCGGCAACCUCUGCGGCGCGCUCGGGUACCCUGACGCCGAGAUCUUGUACUUUGGCAUCGCCCUCAGGAUUGCGCAGAUCAUCCGCCUGCCCGCGCCUGCACCCACCGAUUCCGUCAUAGAGCAAGAGGUCAAGCUGAGGGUGUGGUGGAGCUUGUACAUGAUCGACCGGUGGUCGUCUGCCGGCACGGAUAUUCGGAGGCAGCUUGCCGACGACGACAAGCACCCCCUGCCCAUGGACGAGCUGCAGUUCCACCGGCUUGAACCGUCCGCGCAGCUGCCCCCAGUUCCGUCUCGGGCCGGCUGGUCCGAGUCCGACUUCCAAAGGCCGGGACUGUGGGGCCGCAUGGUGCAGCUUGCUGGGGUCUUUGCCGCGAUACAAGAUUCGCACCGCCGCCACGUGGAAGGGAUGGUCGACAACGCCCGCAUGGAAGAUGAUACCCAACGCAUCGGCGACUACUUGGAUUCGUGGGCCCGCGACCUUCCACCCGAACUAGCCUGCACCCCGGAGAAUGUGGAAAGGCAAGCCCGGCUCGGGUUGGGCUCCGCAUUCGUCGCCCUGCACCUCGGCUUCUUCCACUACAGCACGCUUCUCUACUUCCCGUUCCUGGACCUGCAACUGAGAGAGACGGACAGGGAGCUGCGUUUUGCGUCGCGGUGUCGUUACUACGCCGCCGCCUUUAGCGAUCUGUUGUCGCUGGCUCAUGCUUGCAAGGGGUGCGAUGCCGUUUAUCUGGUCGUGGCCCACAUGACCGUGGUUUCGUCGGCGGCGUUGCUUCACAUGUUGCUUUUCGGCUCGGACACGGAGAUCCCAAGUGCCCGGCGGCGGCUGGAGGCCAACUUUGAGAUUCUCGUCAAGCUGCGAGCAUACUGGCCUGCAGUGGGCCUCAUGAUGGAGCGCCUUUUCACGUUUCAGCGCGCCUGCAUGUCCUCGGCGAACCCAAACACGCAUCAAGUCGAUCGAUGGAUGGGAAAGUUUCUUCUUCAGCACGCUCUACCGAUUCCUGACAAGACUGGACUGCCACCAGAGGGCACUAACGAUUACACGCUGCUCUCGGAGCGAGACAAGCUUGCCCACGACGCCCUCUCAAUACUUCGGCCUUAG